AUGAAUUAUAAUGAUUUAAAUUCAUUUAAUACAAUUACAUCUACAAAAAAUGGUACAUCAAAUUUAAGGUUUAAAAGGGAUAGACCUGAUAGUUUAUAUUUAGAACUAAUGGAUAAUAAUAAUAAUAAAAAUGAUGAUGAUAAUGAUAUUGAUAAUGAUAUUGAUAAUGAUAUUGAUAAUGAUAAUGAUAAUGAUAACGAUAAUGAUAACGAUAAUGAUAAUGAAUAUUUAAAUCCUGGCGAUUUGAAUUCACAGAAUUUCAACAAUUGCAUUUUAUCGACCCCACGGCAUGAUAAAUUGAAGAACCGAAACAAUUCCAGAGACCAAUUGAGUGAUAAAGAAAAUGACUAUAGUAAAGGUCAAUUAAGCAUUGGUAAGGAAAAUAACUAUAGUAAAGGUCAAUUAAGCAUUGGUAAAGAAAAUAUCAUCAGUGAUUCCUCACCUUUAUUUAACCGAGUUCCUUUUAAAAAUUUAUCAAAUUUACCAAAUUCAAUCAAGAAAAAUACUAAAAAUCUAACAAAAUCAAUGUCUGAAGCCGUUUCAAAACUGUCACAAAAUUUCUUUGCAAACUUACAUAUGGCAAAAUUUACCAGCUCACCAAGAGAAGAUAAUAAUAAAUCAAAAAAUAUUGAAGAAACAGAUGAUGAUGAUGAUGGUGAUGAUGAUGAAGAAUAUCAAGAAGAUACAUUUGAGACAAUAAAUUUUGGAUCACCAAUUCAAAGAAAAACAACAACAACAACAACAACAACAACAAAUGAUAAUGAAAUUCUCAAUUCUCAACCUACUAUAACUUCAUCACCACAAGGAUUAAAAAUUAGAAGAUUUCAUUCAAUGUGUCAAACAUCAAAAGAUUUUGAAAAUUUUACAUUAACUGAAGAUAAUUCAAUUUUAAAAAAUUCAACAAUUGAGACUUUCAAAGUUUCAAAUGAUUUAUUACCACGAAUUAAUGAAGACCAAUUAUACAAGAUUCUUUCCGGAAAUCAUAAUUCUGAAUUUGAUGAGUUUUUAAUUGUUGAUUGUAGAUUUGAUUAUGAAUUUGAAGGGGGACAUAUAAUUAAUGCAUUAAAUGUAUCAAGUAAAGAAAAACUAGAAGAUAUAUUCAUAAAUAACAAAUCUGAAUCAAAUAAGAAUCAGUUGAUUAUCUUCCAUUGUGAGUUUAGUAUACUUAGAUGUCCCAUAAUGGCUAAUCAUUUAAGAAAAAUGGAUCGCAAAUUAAAUUCUCAUGUUUAUCCAUAUUUAUCAUAUCCAGAUAUAGUUAUUCUAGAUGGUGGAUAUAAACAAUUUUAUAAUAAAUAUUCUAAAUUAUGUCAUCCUCAAAAUUAUAUAGAAAUGAAAGAUAUAAAUCAUAAGUUACAAUGUGAGAUAAAUAUGAAUAAAGUAAGAAGAUCUGAUAAAUUAUUAACAAGGGCAAAAUCAUUCAAUUUAAUGUCACAAUCUGAAGACGAAAUUAACCUACAUCAUCAUAGAUCAAAAUCAUAUUCUACAAAUGUGAAUGAAAGGGUUAUAAAACGACAAAAAUCAAAUCUGAAAGUUAUAGAUUCAACCACUAGAUUGACUAGAGCAAAUACAAUAUCAUUGGAUCAACCAUUUUUUACAACAAAAACAAACUCAAUUGAAUCUGAUGAAGAUUCAGAUCAUCAACACUUAACAAUUAGGAAACUUAAUAGAAAUAAUAGUGUGAAUAUUUUUCAACCUCCACUGACUUCAUUCAGGAACAAAAAAGUAUAUUCAUGUUCUUCCUCAUCGACAAUAUCAAUAAAUUCAAACACAUCAUCACUAAACUCAGAAGAAAGUAUAAAUAGAUACUCCACAAGCUCAACAGAAAGUUUAAAUGAUCCAUACAUGAUAUCCUCCCCACUAAAUGAAUCAAGCGAUUACUUCUCAAGAUCUUCCACAUCUGUAUUAAAACCAAGUUCAAAAAUGCCAAAGAGUAAUUUACCUACUCCACCUAAUUUACCUACACCAAAUUCAAGACCACCAAUAUAUCCACAAUUUCAAUUCCCAAAUAAGAAGUUAAAUAAUAAAUUGACGUUUUCUUCUCCAACUAUAAGUUCUCCAUUAACUACUCCCACAGCAACCACUUUUGGAGAAAGUACAAAUUCGAUUAUUGAUCCAAUAAAUGAUACCGAGGUUGAGUUUUCAGUGCCGGUUAAUGUUAAUUCUAAUAGAUAUUUGCAUAAACGAUCAAGUUCAUUGUCUAAUUCAUCUUCAUCCUUUGCUGGCGGAGGAUUUUAUAAUUUUGCUUCCUUGGAUAUAAGUGAAGAAAAUGAAGAAGAGUAA